GAAUGCACUUCCGCUUCACUCUGCUGCUUGAGUGUUGUCUAGUACGUCUCCUGAUUUAAGAAAAAUUACGUAACACUUGACAAACUUUUGAUUUUUAAGUAGCAUUUUCCUCAAACAGCAGAGCUUAAACUAUUCGACUGUAACCAUGAGUCUUACAUCAAUGAAGCGUUCGACCGCCAGCGUCAUUGGCUUGCUUUGUCCUCUUGCGGUUCAAAAUGGAGGCACAGACAACAAGGACUUUAUGGAAGGCAUUGGUGGAGCGCCCUCUGCAGCCUCUAACAUGGGAUCUGGAGCUAUCGCUAAGCCGUUCAGCUUGAAAACCGAAAAUGAACUGGAUGACAUCGACGAAGUGGAUAGUUCGAGAGUUUUGAGGCCUGAGAGGAAAGGACUUGGGUUCGAUAGUGGUUUCCACAGUUCGGAUGAUGAUAGUUCUCUACCAACAUCCCCCGACUCUCAGCUCUCCAUGCCGGAGUUUCCAACUGAAGAGACUGAACUCGAACGGGAAACGAGAGAACUGAUCUGCUCCUUUUACAGGAUUUACACAGGCCUCUCGCGAUCAGAACGGAACCGACACAAGGCUUUGGAGACACUGAAGAGAGUUGUGGACGAUGUGUUAACAAAGCACUCUAUCACGUUCAAAGGUAUGGUAAGCAGGCUUGAUCUGGAUCAACGUGAUGACAUGUCCUUUGUGCAAGACGUGGCGGAGAAGACGUUUGGCGAUGGCACUACAAACUGGGGUCGAAUUACCUCCCUGGUGGCAUUUGGGGCAGUGCUGAGUGAACACCUGAAACGGGGUGGCAGGCCAGAGUGCGUGGAAACGGUAGCAGAACAGAUCUCCUCCUACCUGGCCAACAAGAAGUACGACUGGCUUCGGGACAAUAAUGGAUGGAAUGGAUUCAUAGAUUUCUUCCAUGUGGAAGACCCAGAGGCUGUGGUGCGAAACACUCUCAUGGCUGUGGUGGGCUUUGCAGGCCUCGGGGCAGGUCUGGCCCUCCUGACAAGGUGAAGUCAACAAAGGACUGCUCUUUUCAAAACCUUUCUCUACCACCACAAGUCUGUGAUAGCCACAGAUCUGAGAGCUGUAGUGAGAGACUUGAUGCGCUUAGCCUGCUUAGCGCAAAUGAUGGAAGUGGCAGUGGGCUUUGAUAUCCAGUUCCCCCCCUUCGUUUCCCAUCACUGCUCUCACUGAAUUCUCCCCACAACAGCGGCUGGCCGCUACAGCUAGCAAAAGUCGAGCUGGCCCUCGGACAUUUGAACGCUAAGGAGGUUUUUUGUUUUCGGUUGUUGCGUUUUUUUGUGUGUAAAAAAGAUAUUUUUCUAAACAUAGCUCCAAAUUCUUCAUAAAAAGAAGGUUCAGGACUAUACACCCCCUCCUCCCUCCCUCACUCACCCACCAUCAUCAUUGCCCUUCACCGUUGAAACAGGAGGCACAACGUCUCCCAGUAGAGCUUGGUGUAACUCCAUGAAAUCCAGCGCACAUACAAGGACAUGUUCACUUGCAGUUUCAGCCUGAGUCACAGCGGCUCUGUACUGCACAGUCAUUCACACCACACCACAGCACACAAGCCAGCUUAUGUCCAAUUAAGGAAUGUGGAGGGGGAGAAGCAGCACUGACCGCAUAGUGAGCUGCAUUAGUUCUAGUAUUUAUUAAAAGAAUGGAAGGAUUCUAAUUAUGCCUUAAAUUUUAACAAGUCAGCAGCAAGAAAAAAAGCUAUAGACAGAAUAUAUAUAUUUUCUGAAAAAAUAAAAACCUUUAUUUUGAUGAGUAA